AUGGGCUCAUCUCCGCUGCCGGUCAGCUUGCAGAGCAAGUUCCAGAAACCGCGAACGGUGUCUCGCCUAAGAGACUUGAAAGGCAACUUUAAUAUACUUCGCAACAUCAUCUUUGCUUUAUUCCUGCUCCGCAUCCUACGCAGGUCGUUUUGGUUCCUACGGGGUCAUGGGAUCAUCGGCUCCAUCGUCCUCCUCUACCGUCAUGUCCACAAAACCGCCUACACGGUGUUCCUGAAUCUCCCCGGCGUAAGGUCACAAGUGUCGAGGCAACUGGAGAUCGCCAAGAAGGAGAUGGAGGAUAAACUCGUGCCGACGGGACCUGGGAUCAAUCGCUACCUCCAACUCCCGAAAGAGCCAUGGACGCACGAACAACUUCGGACCGAGCUCGAGGCACUGGCGGCGAUGAAACGGACGCGCUGGGAAGAAGGGAAGGUGUCCGGCGCCGUGUACCAUGGGGAACAGUCUCUGCUGGAUAUUCAAAGCGAAGCCAUGAAGCUGUUCAGCGUGGCCAAUCCCAUCCACGCCGAUGUCUUCCCCGCCGUACGCAAGAUGGAGGCCGAGGUGGUGGCGAUGGUCCUGGCCAUGUUCAACGCGCCCGAGUCGGGCGCCGGCGCCACCACCUCUGGAGGAACAGAGUCGAUCUUGAUGGCCUGUCUGUCAGCCCGGCAGAAGGGUUUCGCGGAACGACGGAUCAGGCAGCCCGAAAUGAUCAUCCCCAGCACGGCUCACGCCGCGUUCCACAAGGCUGCCAGCUAUUUCAAGAUCAAGUUACACACGGUCGACUGUCCAGCGCCGGAAUAUAUGGUGGACGUCAACAGAGUAAGGAGAUUGAUCAACCCAAACACAGUGCUGCUGGUGGGCUCGGCGCCAAACUACCCUCACGGAAUCGUCGACAACAUUCCGGCGCUGUCGAAACUCGCAGUUUCAUACAAAAUCCCGCUGCACGUCGAUUGCUGUCUGGGAUCGUUUGUCAUGCCGAGUUUAGCCAAGGCCGGCUUCCCUUCGCCUUGGGCGGACGAAGGUGGCUUCGACUUUCGCCAGCCUGGUGUGACGUCGAUCAGCGUGGACACGCACAAAUACGGGUUUGCCCCCAAAGGCAAUAGCUGUGUCCUGUAUCGCAACCGUAAGCUGCGCGAGUACCAGUACUUUGUCUGCCCGGAAUGGUCGGGCGGCGUAUACGGUUCGCCCAGCAUUGCGGGAUCGCGCCCAGGAGCACUCAUCGCGGGGUGCUGGGCCAGUAUGAUGUCUAUCGGCGAGAAAGGCUACGUGGAUGCGACGCACAAGAUCGUCAGCACGAAACUCACCAUCGAGAACGCGGUCAAAGAACACCCCGUGUUGAGAGAGACGCUGUCUGUGUUGGGGCACCCGUUGGUCAGCGUGGUGGCCUUCGAGUCCGUGGAUCCGGCAAUCUCGAUUUACGACAUCGCGGACGGGAUGUCGCGCAGGCAGUGGCACCUCAAUUCGCUGCAAGACCCGCCUGGCGUGCAUGUCGCCGUGACGUUGCCCAUGACCCGCCCCGACGCUGUCAACGGGCUGAUCGAUGACCUCGUCGCCGUUGUCCAGGAGGAGAAAGACAAGGCUCUCGAGCGCAUCCGGGCCGGCGGGCCCAUCGAGAAAGGGAAAGCCAAAGGCACGAGUGCCCAACUGUACGGCGUUGCGGGCAGCCUGCCUGACAAGACCAUCGUCAAGGAACUAGUGGUGGCUUAUUUGGACACCCUUUACAAGGCGUGA